UUGUCAUGUAUAUAGGUUAUUUUCGGAAAUAGUAACCUCAAAUAUUCAAAAUUUUGUAAAAAUCUAAGAUUAAUUUUUUGCAAGAAGUAUUUCCUUGCAAUAUGAGACUACUGAGCUGUCUUCUUGCCGCCAGGACUCCCCAACGGGAACCAGUUCCCUUUCAAGAAAUAUUACCUCUCAAAUUGAAACCUAGAGUAUCUGGUAAAGGCGAUAGAACUUCAGAAGUAUAUUGCCUAUAUGAAAUGUCUGUUUUGAUGGCAUGCUUUAAAGCUAAUGAGUUCAACCAGAAAGUAUGUUCUAAAGAAAUAGAGAACUUCCAACAAUGUUAUGACAAAAGCGUAAAAUUGAAACAAGGACGAAAAGAAAAGGAGGCAAAAGGUAUUCUCAUACCUGGAGAAAAAAGGCUUUCUCCCAAACAAGUGAAUACAUUAUUGAGGAAAUUUCCCCAGUUUUAAUGAAGUUGUAAAUAGGUUUCAGUAAAUUAUUAUAAUAG